CAUUCGAGGUCAGUAUCGGCCCAAAAGAGCCAAACAUAUCAUACCGCCUAUCGCUAGAAAACGACGCGUUUCGAAGCCAUUGCACAGUCUCUCUCUCUCUCUGCCUCUGUGCGUUGUCUGAGCGAUGAGCACUCCAGCAGUGGAAAACGACGCACUGGAGAAAGCCGGUAGUGCCACCGAAGCUCUUUACUUAACUCGUGAUACCUACUUUCCGGCGAACCCCGACGACAAAAUCGCCAGACUAAAAUCAGAAUCCGAUCUCGCUCUCAACCUCCUCGAUUCCAUUCCUCCCGAGCAAAGGAAGCUUCUAACGCAGCGUGCAAGGUACGAAUAUCUGAGAGGGAAGAUAUUGGAUGUAUUGCCGGAGUAUAAAAGAGAGGCUGAGGAUCAUCUCUCGAAAGCGGUUAAGUUGAAUCCAUCUCUUGCGGAUGCGUGGCUGUGCUUAGGUAACUGCAUUUGGAAGAAGGGAGAUCUGUCUUCGGCCAACAACUGCUUUACUCUUGCACUAAGCAAAGGUCCAAACAAACAGAUACUAUGUCAACUCUCAAUGCUCGAAAGGAAAAUGGCCCAAGGUGCCGAUAAUCAGGCAGAACUUGUUGAUGAAAGCAUAAAACAUGCCAAGGAAGCUAUAACUUUGGAUGUCAAGGAUGGAAAUUCAUGGUACAAUCUUGGAAAUGCAUGUCUUACAAGUUUUUUUGUGACCGGAGCCUGGGACCACGCCAAACUUCUGCAGUCUCUAAAGGCAUACCAAAAUGCUGAAAAAGAUGAAAGGAUGAAAUCUAAUCCAGACCUGUACUUUAACUGUGCUACUGUAAACAAAUAUCUAGAAAACUAUGAAAUGGCCCUUACUGGAUUUGAAGCUGCUGCUUUAAAGGAUCCUGGUCUCAAUGCUACUGAAGAGGUUCAAAAGAUUGUAAACCUCCUUGACAAGCUAGAUAAUUUGUUAAGGUUGCAAGCCACCAUUUUGCGGACUGCAUUUGAUGAGAUUGAGAAACUGGAGACUAAAACAAGGACACUAAGAACUCUUAUUAAUAUUGAUCACAAUCAAGUAAAGAAGCACCAGGGACAUGCCAGAUCUAAACGACUUGCAUCUUUAGCAUCAUCUCUGGCUGUGGUAAAUUUGAAUUCGUCAUAUAAAAGAGCUACUGUAAAUCUUUUAUCAGAGGGUCUGAACAAAGCAGUAGCAUUAGUGGGGAAAGUGCUAUUCUUCAUUAAGCAUGAAAAUGUUGCUCCACUGUACUAUUUGGCAUGCGAUCCAGAUCAAGUAUGCUUUGUUCUGUCAGUCUAUGGCAUUCAAUAUGAUUCGAUCAAAGAAGGAGACCUGAUAACACUAUUGGAUCCCUUAUACCGGCAGGUCGAAUUUUCUUGGAAAGAAAAGUUUUACCAGUUCAAAUCAUUUCGUGUGGAUUUCAAAGAACAAUUGCUUGUGAAUGGAAAGGCUCUGACUCCUCACCAAGCAGUCCGCACCUCAAUUCAUGCACAGCAUAAACCAUGAAUAGGGAUAUUUGGUGCAGUACUUUUGAGUAGGUACUUUUGUUUGUCUGCUAUUGAUUUUAAUGGUGUAUUAUUUGUGAAUAGAUUAGGGGAUGGAGAAAAAGAAGUUAUAUGGGUAACUGAGUAAAUUCCGAUGGAGUUUUCGUUUGGCCUUACGUUUGGAUGGUAUGUGCUCGUGUUUUGGUUGCAUAUAUAAAGAUGGUCUAUCUUCAGCUUAUCUUACCCUCACGACUCAUGAUUUGGUUGCAAAAAUGUCAGAAACCAUAUGCCUUCGUUCAUUAAGUGUGCAAUGUAGCUCCAGCUAUUUGCUCUGCUGACAGAUCUAUGCCAGAAUAUCUUGGUUUGCCUUUGCACUUUUGCAGUUGUAAACCUAAUUUUGCCUGUACAUGGAAGUGAACCAAUGCAGAAAUGCACUUUUUUGUUUCAACUGUAUCAAAACAGUUGGAUGAUUUUCCGACAGAAAAAAAAAAAAAAAAUUAGGUUCUUACUCAUGCGUCAA